GAGCUGAUGAGAAUGGGAAUGAAGGUAGGUGACUGACUUGCUACCUUAUACUGUAGUGGAAGACUGCAGUUGAGCAAAUUCACACUUCGCACUGCUAUCUGUUCAUUAUAUCCCAAAAUGCAUUGCUCAGAAUAUUUACUGUCAUGGGGAUGGCACUAAAACAGAAUGGAGGCAUUAUACUGUGCAAGGUAUUUUAUCAAUUUCACAGUUCCAAAAUGUAUUAUGCUGGUGAUGCUGUCAUUUUCAGGGUCUUCAAACAUCUUCGCCAUGACUUUGUUAUUAAUUCAUGCCUCCAAUUGUAUGAAUAUUGAUGCUCUCUGAAUUGGUAGUGUUCUGUUCAGAUAAAGGCAGCUCCUGGAACACUGGUGAAGGAGGCUUCAGGGGAAGAGGCAGAGGUGCGACUUGUGGUUCUUUCUGAAAUAAACAGAUUGGGAAAAAUUAUUUUCUGGGUCAUUAACUUUCUGGAACAAUUUGGGUAAUUGCUUAACUCUUAAUUGUGAUUUCUGCUCCCUAAAUGCAUCACAUUGCUGUCUCAACAGGGGGCGGCAGAGGAUCAAGGGGAGGAGGCUUCCGAAACGGUACUGUAACACUUCAUUUAGAAACUAUUCUUAUCCUCUAGUCCUCAUGCCCCACACUGUCAUUUCUAUUGAUGAGCAGAAUCUUAAUAAACAUUAUGCCCUGAUUUUUAAGUGUUUCUUGUAUAUAGUCUUAUCCAUCUAGCUAUUGGACAUAAUGGUUUGCACGUGUGUUUUGUGAAAUAAACCGUUUUGACUUUUUACAGGGGAUGAUGGCAAUGAUGGUGGUAUGUUGGUUUUGAUAUUCUCUACAUGCAAUAAUUUAAUCAUUCUAGAUGGUUGGCUCAGUUUAAAUUCUCAUUGUCCUUCCAAUAGUUUCUGGAUGUCUUUUCACCUUUAAAUAUCUUGUUGACCAUGCUCUUGUCCAAUAGUAGUGAUAAAAAGGGUGUCAGGUAGACUAGCGGUUAAGAGCGUUGGGCCAAUAAAGGGUUGUGCGUUCAAAUCCCUGAGCCGACUAGGUGAAAAAUCUAUGUACCCUUGAGCAAGGCACUUAACCCUAAUUGCUCCUGUAAGUGUCUAUACGUAGUCACUUUACCCCUACCUACAUGUACAAAUUACCUCGACUAACCUGUACCCCGCACAUUGACUUGGUACCGGUACCCCCUGUAUAUAGCCUCUUUAUUGUUACUUUUUAUUUUUCAUUUUAGUUUAGUAAAUAUUUUCUUAACUAUUUCUUGAACUGCAUUAUUAAGGGCUUGUAAGUAAGCAUUUCACUGUAAGGUCAACACCUGUUGUAUUCGGCGAAUGUGACAAAUAACAUUUGAUUUGAAGUCUCUCUGGAUAAGUGUACUAAAUGACAAAUGUAAAUAUGGAGGUUAACAUUUUUGUGUAUGAUGGUUUACACUGUUCUUUCUCAAAUUUGAAGUGGUGAGCUAAUGAAAUCUAUCAUGCGGUUUUAUGGCUUUUUUUUUACUGAAGUCCUCGCUUUUCAGGGUUUGGAGGUGGCCGGGGAGGCAGAGGUGGCAGGGGAGGCUUCCGAUCAGGUAAAUCUGCACAUCACUUGAGGAAAUUCUAAAAUAUUCCCUCAAAUACUGAUUUUGAAAUCUAUCCUUGGUCUUGUACCAGUGAUGAGUAUCAUUCAAAGAUGCCUGGUUUAUAUGUGAAGGUUAUGGCAACCCUAAAAUAUUUUCAGAUCUGCCAACCUGUACGCGUUUUGCGUACCAUGCAUGUAAUUUGAGGUCAAAGUAUGCUGGUGUGAAAAACUACCAUAAAAUGCACAAAAAUGGGCUUCUAGUUGGUACAUUGUAUAUGUUUGACCACCUCAAUUUCAUUUAGGAUCAAACAAGACUUCUGUGUUGGCUACGUUUUGAUAUUAUUUAAGACUAGGUUUCAGGAAAUGGCAGCUGCAGGUUUAAAAAUAAAUAAAACUGCUUCAACUUCCUGAGGGAGAACAUGACUGACAUCCUCCGGAAUGACCUCCAACCUUAUGCUUACAUCAGCACCACCUUGUCAGAAAAUUCUAGAGAGCCCUGAUUUGUACAUUUAAACUUGUUUCUAGUUAGCUACUGAAGAGAAGCCAAGUACCCAUUCCUACUGAGGCAGUGUUCUGCCAUUACGCAAAAAAAAAAAGUCAAUUUGCCUUUGAUUUGAGCAGUGUGGGUGUUUGUAUGCGCACUGUAGUGUGGGCCGGGUUUGCCAUAAAAAUUAUUCAAGGUUGGCAUGUCUGUGUUUUCCUCAUGCUUCAUAUCUGUUGAAAUGCUCUAGGGAAAGUUGUCGCUAACUAUGGCUUGUUUCAGGUGGUGGUGAUGAAGGCGGAAGAGGAGGAUUUGGCGGAGGAGGUGAUUUAGGGCCCUGUAAAAUCGUAUUUUUCCCAAAUUCUGUUUUUCCAGGUUUCAGUUUCUCUAUUUUUCAGGUUUUCACUCUCAAUCAAUUUUAACAGAAACUACUACAUUGGAUGUUUAAGUCAAUAAUGGCUAAACCACUCCAGGAGACUACUUUUGAGGUCUAGGACAAAUUAGACAUUUUAUUUUUGGGUAUAAUUACCCUUAUAAUUCCAGUGUGCACCUAGCAAGAGGCACUGUUUAUGUAGCACAGUUUGCAAAACCGAUACUCACUGGAUUGAUUAAAAUCAUAUUAUGUCAGGUAAGCAUAGGCUACUUUGUAGUUAACAUUUAAUUUAGAAGGUUUUUGGGAAAGAAAGCCUUUCCGUCUACCAGAAGACUUUUCAUUAGCAUCACUAAUGGCUACACGGUGAUAGACGCGCGCACCGCACACAGACGGGGAAUUCUUGUUGCCUCUUAAGAGUUGCAGGAAAUACGAAUCACUGACGCAUUCUGUUAAUGUCUUAUGAUUAACUUUAGCAAAUUAAGUUUCUAUACGUUUAUGCUGAACAAAAAUAUAAUGCAACAUGAAAUUAUUUGACUGAGUUACAAUUCAUAAGGAAAUUUGUCAAUUUAAAUAAAUUCAUUUGGCCCAAAUCUAUGGAUUUCACAUGACUGGCCAGGGGUGUGGCCUUGGGUGCCAGGCCCAGCCAAUCAGAAUGAGUUUUUCCCCUCAAGGGCUUUAUUACAGACAAAAAUACUCCUCGGUUUCAUCAGACUGUCCGGGUGGCUGGUCUCAGACGAUCCCACAGGUGAAGACUGAUGUGGAGGUCCUGGGCUGGCGUGGUUACACUUAGUCUACGGCUGUGAGGCCGGUUGGACGUAAUGCCAAAUUCUCUUAAAUGAUAGAGGCUGCGUAUGGUAGAGAAAUUAAUAUAACAUUUUCUGGCAACAGCUCUGGCGGACAUUCAUGCAGUCCGCAUGCCAAUUGCACGCUCACUCAACUUCAGACAACUGUGGCAUUGUGUUGUGACAAAAUUGCACAUUUUAGUGGCCUUUUAUUGUCCCCAGCACAAUGUGCGCCUGUGUAAUGAUCAUGCUGUUUAAUCAGCCUGUUGAUAUGCCACACCUGUCAGGUGGACGGAUUAUCUCAAGGAGAAAUGCUCACUAAAAGGGAUGUAAACUAAUUUGUGCAAAAAAAUUGAAAUAAGCUUUUUGUGCAUAUGGAACAUUUCUGAUUUAUUUCAGCUCAUGAAACAUGGGACCAACACUUUACAUGUUUAUUUUUGUCCAUUAUAGUUAAUUCCCUACUAAGUUCAAUAGUUUGUUUUAUAUUGUUGAUGUCUGUUUUGCCUGGAUAGUGAUUCAAUCAGUGUUCUUUGCAUCACAGAUUAUAUAGAGCCCUAGUAAUUGGCCUUAUGUUUAAGAGAUUGAGAUACUGCUGUCACAGCAAGCCUUAUUGUGAAACUUCCCAUGUCCUAUCAUUCCAGGUUAUCGUGGACGAGAUGAGGAAGUAUUCUCUAAAGGUUCCAUGUUUUUCAUUUCUUACUUAAUAAUUUCCUUGACCUGAUGUUGAAUGCGUUUGCAUUUCAAAAUGUCUGUUUAUGUGGUAUUUCCACCUAUUUUAGGUUCAACCAUGGCUGGGGAGGGUGGUGAAGAUGGUGAAAAUCCAGGUUUGUAUGUUAUGCAAGGAAGCAUUUCGUUGGACAAUGUAUACCAGUGAUCAACUAGAUUUAUAAAAAAUAAAACAAAUCUGAGUGGCUGGUCAGGUGUCCAGAACGUAAUUACACAUUUGUAGACAGCAAAUUGACCGCAAGAAGCCCAAACAGAUGUUUGACUAAAACAUAAUCAUUUCAAAUCUUGCUUACAUUUGUAUACGACCACGUCGUCUCUAUUAUGCGUAGGAAUACUUGGGAACCGAUUACCUGGUGUUCUUUUACUGCGUCGUGUCCAACAAUGAACUUUUUUUUAAAAAAUUAUCAGAACUUGGGGGGGGGGGGGGGGUAAAACCUGGCCUGCAGGCCGCCAUUUGGGGAACCCUGAUGUAUCCCUUACAUUCGACUUAUAAAACGUAAAACUGUUCAAUAUUGUUCCAAACGAUAUUUAAAGGGAGCCAUUGCAUACUAUUGUUUUUGUUGCAUGUAUUAAAUGGUGGUGCUACAAUUACUUGGGUCUCCUUUCAAUAUUGACAAGAAGGCUGCUUCUCUGCCCUUUAACAUUCAGUUGCAGAAAGUUGCCUGUACAUUUAUUCAAUACUUAAUGUGAUCACGCUCGUUUAACCUCACUCUCCCAUCAGGUCCCCCAAAGGUGACCUACGUGCCUGAAGCCCUCUGUGAGGAGGAGUCGUCCAUUUUUGCCCAUUAUGAGUCGGGCAUCAACUUUGACAAGUACGAUGACAUCCUGGUCGACGUCAGCGGCAGCAAUCCGCCAAAGGCAAUCAUGGUGAGUGCCUUACUGGAGGCCUGUGGCCUUAAAGUGCUCAUCUCCUUACAUUCAUGACUGAAUAGGCUUCCCCAAUAUUUCACACAUCAUUCAACCCUCCAAUCGGUUGCAUCAUUAGAAAGAACAAGGAAAAUGGUAUGAGGUCGGGGGAUGGCCCCAGAGCUGCACUUGCACCUUAAAUGCUGGAUUGUCAUAAAAAAAAAAAGUUUUAAAGCAAUGGCUGGAUAAUUGGCGUAUACUGGUUGUUGUAUUGUUAAAUGAGCUGCUAGUGAUGGCAACGUUGCUGUGAUUUUGAGACUGUAACAACCGGUUUUCCUCUUAGGCUUUUGAAGAGGCUGCCCUGUGUGAAUCUCUGAACAGGAACGUCAUUAAGUCUGGCUAUAAGAAGCCCACCCCAGUACAGAAGCAUGGCAUCCCCAUCAUCUCCGCUGGCCGGGACCUCAUGGCCUGUGCCCAGACUGGAUCUGGGAAAACAGUGAGUUGCCCCUGUAGAACUGAAAACCUUAAGUAAAACGUCCUAUUUAGCAAGCAGUCUUAAUCCCACUUUUCUUUGUGAAUGUGUACUAGCUGAAUGUAGUGGGUCAAACAUUAGCAUGUGAAAUGGCGCGCUGGUCAUAUUUACUCUUGGUCAACCGGGUUAACAUACUCGGGUAUAAAUCUAUAGCACUUGUGUUGGCUAGCGUGUGUAAGCCUGUGGGUAGAAUAAGUAUUGUAACUUUGCCCCCCCCCCCCCCCCAGGCUGCGUUCCUGCUACCCAUCCUGCAGCAGCUGAUGGCAGACGGCGUGGCAGCUAGUCGGUUCAGCGAAGUGCAGGAGCCAGAGGUUAUCAUAGUGGCCCCAACCAGGGAACUCAUCAACCAGAUCUACAUGGAAGCCAGGAAGUUUGCCCACGGGUAUGCAGUUAUGUUCACUGCAUAUUUCAAAGGGAGUACAGUGCCUUGCAAAAAGUAUUCAUCUGCCUUAGCGUUUUUCCCUAUUUUGUUGCAUUACAACCUCUAAUUUAAAUGGAUUUUUAUUGGAUUCCAUGAAAUGGACAUACACAAAAUAGUCAAUUGGAGAAAUGAAAAAAAUUACUUGUUUUAAAAAAUAACGGAAAAGUGGUGCGUGCAUAUGUAUUCACCCCCUUUGCUAUGAAGCCCCUUAAUAAGAUCAGGUGCAACCGGUUACCUUCAGAUGUCACAAUUAGUUAAAGUCCACCUGUGUGCAAUUAAGUGUCACAUGAUCUCAGUGUGUGUGGUAGAGAGAUAGAUAUCUGUUCUGAAAGGCCCCAGAGUCUGCAACACCACUAAGCAAGGGGCAUCACCAAGCAAGCGACACAAUGAAGACCAAGGAGCUCUGCAAACGGGUCAGGGACAAAGUUGUGGAGAAGUACAGAUCAGGGUUGGGUUAUAAAAAAAAAAAAGAUCUGAAACAUUGAACAUCCCACGGAGCACCAUUAAAUCCAUUAUUAAAAAAUGGAAAGAAAAUGGCACAACAACAAACCUGCCAAGAGAGGGCCGCCCACCAAAACUCACGGACCAGGCAAGGAGGGCAUUAAUUAGAGGCAACAAAGAGACCAAAGAUAACCCUGAAGGAGCUGCAAAGCUCCACAGCAGAGAUUGGAGUAUCUGUUCAUAGGACCACUUUAAGCCGUACACUCCACAGAGCUGGGCUUUAUGGAAGAGUGGCCAGAAAAAAGCCAUUGCUUAAAGAAAAAAAUAAGCAAACACGUUUGGUGUUCGCCAAAAGGCAUGUGGGAGACUACCCAAACAUGGAAGAAGGUACUCUGGUCAGAUGAGACUAAAAUUGAGCUUUUUGGCCAUCAAGGAAGGCGAUAUGUCUUGCGCAAAUCCAACACCUCAUCACCCCGAGAACACCAUCCCCACAGUGAAGCAUGGUGGUGGCAGCAUCAUGCUGUGGGGAUGUUUUUCAUUGGCAGGGACUGGGAAACUAGUCAGAAUUGAAGGAAUGAUGUAGUUGGCGCUGAAUACAGGGAAAUUCUUGAGGGAAACCUGUUUCAGUCUUCCAGAGAUUUGAGACUGGGACGGAGGUUCAACUUCCAGCAGGACAAUGACCCUAAGCAUACUGCUAAAGCAACACUUGAGUGGCAUAAGGGGAAACAUUUAAUUGUAUUGGAAUGUCCUAGUCAAAAGGUGGCUCUACAAAGUUUUGACUUUAGGGGGGUGAAUAGUUAUGCACGCUCAAGUUCUGUGUAAAGACAAAAAAACUGAGCUUGAGCGUGCAUAAUUUUUUUUACUUUGCAUCUUCAAAGUGGUAAGCAUAUUGUGUAAAUGAAAUGAUACAAACCCCCCAAAAAAUCCAUUUUAAUUCCAGGUUGUAAGGCAACAAAAUAUGAAAAAUGCCAAGGGGUGUGAAUACUUUUGCAAGCCACUGUAUGUUAAACCCUUUCUCACCACCUGCGCUUUUCAAAAGUAAUAGUGGAAAUGGAGCUAAAUAUCAUUUAGUUCUUAUGGCAAAAGUUCAGGUAAAAUCUUUCAAGAUUGGAAUGUUAGCAAAUAAAUCCAAUGGACAGUAGUAUUCUGAUUCUGCAGACUUUAUUCCGCUGUCUUUUGUAGAACUUGUGUGCGUCCAGUGGUGGUUUACGGAGGCAUAAGCACUGGUCACACCAUUCGUGAGGUACUGAAGGGCUGCAAUGUGCUGUGUGGGACUCCAGGAAGACUGAUGGACAUUAUUGGAAGAGGAAAGGUAAUGAAUCAGUGCUUCGAUAACAAAUACAUAUUUGAAUCAAUCCUUGAGUAGUCAGCAGCCAGUUGAAACCAUCAGUUAACCUAGUCCAUUUUAGCCUCUUCUGUCUACUUCCCCAGAUUGGCUUGAGCAAGCUGCGUUACCUGGUGCUGGACGAGGCUGACAGGAUGCUGGACAUGGGCUUUGAGCCUGCGAUGCGCAAGCUGGUGGGGUCCCCAGGCAUGCCAGCUAAAGAGAACCGCCAGACCCUCAUGUUCAGCGCCACCUACCCCGAGGACAUCCAAAAGUCUGUCUCCCAGAUAACUGCGAUAAACCAUGAUUUUAAAUGAACUUUGAAAUAUUUCAAGGUUUCUAGCGGAUGUAUUGCUUUUUUUUACAUACAGUGGGGGGGGGAAGUAUUUAGUCAGCCACCAAUUGUGCAAGUUCUCCCACUUAAAAAUAUGAGGCCUGUAAUUUAUCAUAGGUACACGUCAACUAUGACAGACACAAUGAGAAUUUUUUUUUCUCCAGAAAAUCACAUUUUUUAUGAAUUUAUUUGCAAAUUAUGGUGGAAAAUAAGUAUUUGGUCAAUAACAAAAGUUUCCCAAUACUUUGUUAUAUACCCUUUGUUGGCAAUGACACAGGUCAAACGUUUUCUGUAAGUCUUCACAAGGUUUUCACACACUGUUGCUGGUAUUUUGGCCCAUUCCUCCAUGCAGAUCUCCUCUAGAGCAGUGAUGUUUUGGGGCUAUCGCUGGGCAACACGGACUUUCAACUCCCUCCAAAGAUUUUCUAUGGGGUUGAGAUCUGGAGACUGGCUAGACCACUCCAGGACCUUGAAAUGCUUCUUACGAAGCCACUCCUUCGUUGCCCGGGCGGUGUGUUUGGGAUCAUUGUCAUGCUGAAAGACCCAGCCACGUUUCAUCUUCAAUGCCCUUGCUGAUGGAAGGAGGUUUUCACUCAAAAUCUCACGAUACAUGGCCCCAUUCAUUCUUUCCUUUACACGGAUCAGUCGUCCUGGUCCCUUUGCAGAAAAACAGCCCCAAAGCAUGAUGUUUCCACCCCCAUGCUUCACAGUAGGCAGUGGCGGCUCCUGAAAAAAUUCUCAGGGGGGGGCAAUUUUUCUGAUGAUUUAGGUGACCUACACACAUUUUAAAAAAGAUAUGUCCAGCAACAACAUGAAGACAGGGGCAGCAUAUAGGUCAAUACCAGAAGCAUUUAUUGACUGAUCUCAAAAGUGUUGGCUUACCAGGGUUGGUGGAGCCCUCAGUUUCAUCUUUGCCUCGCAAAGCUAACUCAAACACUCCGCAAAACUUCACACACUGGAUUAGCCGGCUGAGGAUGUGGCGGUUCUUGCUAAUGUCGUAGUAAAUAUAUUUGUUAUAGUGAAUAUGAUAUGUUGAGUAAAAUGUUGUGCUAAGAUCUAUUUAGGUCAGGAGCUGGUUAUAAGUUCUGUUCCUAUCCAAUAACAAUGGACAAAAGGGUCCUAUCUUGUCAGCCUUGUCAGUUUCAGUUCUCCAGUAAACUUGUGAUUAUCAACACUAACCUCAUCGUUGUGGCGGCGGACAGCUAGCCUGUAUCCCUCAUCCAGUUGAGUGGGAAUGUUCACUCUCCCCAAAGCAGACAAUCUCAAACAGCUAUUUGACAGCUCAUGUUUCUUAAUCUUUCCUGAAAGAUGGUGCAUGUCCGUUACACACCAGUCGCUGUCCAAGCGGUGCUGUCUGCCGUGCCGCCUUCAGGGUGAAAGAGUAAGCAGGGGGUAGCAGAAGACUGCAUUAGCUACAUCGCAGCCUGCUAGCCAGGUUUUUCGUUCGUACCAAUUUUUGGAAAAUCCUCGGGUGUAGGACUUCCCCCCUUUAGUAGAAACCUGUUGAAUUAUUAAAUUUGGUCUGGGAGGUCCUAAUUGUUUCGUUGCCAAUUUAUCUUCAUUUGUUCGCCGACAAAAAGUAACUUAUUUCAAAGAGACAAUCGAGUUGCACUGAACGCUAUAGCCAUCUUGAUAGUAGUAAGUGAAUUGAUUGAUGAGGCUACCCGCUCUUUUCUUAGUUACGUUCAUGGUUAUGUUACGUAUGACGAAAGCGCGUAAGUGCAAGCCCUCAGAAACCCAUAGAGAUUGUAUUGAAAGCUCUGAUAUUUGAAAAAAAUAGAUUUUACAUGGGAGUCUAUGACAGACUUCUGGGCGAUUUUCAACCUGACUGAAAUUGCCCCAAAAGGGGGGGGGGGGCAUUUGACGCACGACUUUAGCCUGAUUGGACAUUUAGUGGCACUGUGGCAGAUCAGACGUCUAGAUUACAACACUGAUAACUACUGUUGCCGUGAUAUAAUUGAUUAGGGAAAAAAUCCCUUCCUUUUCCCGUUUGGCAGUGCAUCGCCCUAUUGAACACACCGCCCCUGACAGUAGGUAUGGUGGUGUUUGGAUGCAACUCACCAUUCUUUGUCCUCCAAACACGACGAGUUGAGUUUUUACCAAAAAGUUAUAUUUUGGUUUCAUCUGACAUUCUUCCAAUCCUCUUCUGGAUCAUCCAAAUGCACUCUAGCAAACUUCAGACUGGCCUGGACAUGUACUGGCUUAAGCAGGGGGACACGUCUUGCACUGCAGGAUUUGAGUCCCUGGCGGCGUAGUGUGUUACUGAUGGUAGGCUUUGUUACUUUGGUCCCAGCUCUCUGCAGGUCAUUCACUAGGUCCCCCCGUGUGGUUCUGGGAUUUUUGCUCACCGUUCUUGUGAUCAUUUUGACCCCACGGGGUGAGAUCUUGUGUGGAGCCCCAGAUCGAGGAGAGAUUAUCAGUGGGCUUGUAUGUCUUCCAUUUCCUAAUAAUUGCUCCCACAGUUGAUUUCUUCAAACCAAGCUGCUUACCUAUUGCAGAUUCAGUCUUCCCAGCCUGGUGCAGGUCUACAAUUUUGUUUCUGGUGUCCUUUGACAGCUCUUUGGUCUUGGCCAUAGUGGAGUUUGGAGUGUGACUGUUUGAGGUUGUGGACAGGUGUCUUUUAUACUGAUAACAAGUUCAAACAGGUGCCAUUAAUACAGGGUAACGAGUGGAGGACAGAGGAGCCUCUUAAAGAAGAAGUUACAGGUCUGUGAGAGCCAGAAAUCUUGCUUGUUUGUAGGUGACCAAAUACUUAUUUUCCACCAUAAUUUGCAAAUAAAUUCAUAAAAAAUCCUACAAUGUGAUUUUCUGGAUAUUUUUUUCUCAUUUUGUCUGUCAUAGUUGACGUGUACCUAUGAUAUAAAUUACAGGCCUCAUCUUUUUAAGUGGGAGAACUUGCACAAUUGGUGGCUGACUAAAUACUUUUUUCCCCCACUAUGCUUUUUACUUUUGCGCAGCUUUGUACAGAAUUUCCAUGUAAAGGAUAAUUCAGUAGAACCAGUCAUGGCACGAUUCUAAAUGGUUGUUGUAUGUUUAUAUGAUGCCGUGUUGUCCUGUGGUUUUAAGACUGGCUGCGGACUUCCUGAAGAAGGACUAUCUGUUCCUUGCUGUGGGCGUGGUGGGCGGAGCCUGCAGUGAUGUGGAGCAGGUUGUGGUUCAGGUGACCAAGUUCUCCAAAAGAGACCAACUACUAGAGGUCCUCAAGACUACAGGUACCAUCAGUACUUUGCUAUAUGAGCGUUGGCACCUCGCAUGCUAACACUUAAACCACUAUUCAGUGCAUCCAAAUUAUAUUUUCAUGUUGAAGGGCAUAUUCUGCAUUCACAGGGUCUGAACGCACAAUGGUCUUUGUAGAAACCAAGAGGCAGGCUGACUUUAUCGCAACAUUCCUGUGUCAGGAGAAGGUUAAUACUACUAGUAUUCACGGGUAAGGAACUGUCUUCAAGUGAUUUACCCCAUAGUCAUUGCCAGUUGGGCCUCAGAUGUCUUGUUAGUCGUUGUCCAGCUGUAUGACGUGUCAUUUGGUGUUUUUUGUCAGUGACCGUGAGCAGAGGGAGCGAGAACAGGCGCUCGGCGACUUCCGCUCAGGAAAGUGUCCUGUCCUGGUGGCCACCUCUGUUGCUGCCCGCGGACUGGACAUCAAGGAUGUCCAACACGUAGUCAACUUUGACCUCCCCAACAACAUUGACGAGUACGUCCACCGCAUCGGGAGAACAGGCCGCUGUGGGAACACCGGGAGAGCUGUGUGUUUCUUUGACCCGGAGGCCGACGGCAACCUGGCACGCUCCCUGGUCAAAGUCCUGUCUGGUGUAAGUGAUUUCAAUCUGCUCCAGUCAAAGCAGCCUUUACAGAUGGAUCAGCCCCACUGUCCGUCACAACACCUUUGUUAUUGUUUUUGUUUUGUGGAUGAAACAUAUGUGUGUCAAGCAGUGUUUAAAAAAUAUAUAUAAUAAUUAAGUACAUAUUCUGCUGUUCUAUUGUCUGAGAGGGAAAAAGGUGUUUGCAGUUACUUUGUAAUAUCCCAAACGGACGUGGCAGUUUCACCAUUAAUGAUUCCAGCUUUAAGGCCUGCUAGCUAGUCAAAAGCAGACUUGGAACUAAAAUACAAAUGUAUUCUCACUGCAAUUACUUUUCACAGGCCCAGCAGGAGGUGCCCAAAUGGCUGGAGGAAGCGGCCUUCAGUGCUCAUGGCACUACAGGGUUCAACCCAGGUGGGAGAACCUUUGCCUCCACUGAUAGCAGGAAGGUAUGGAUCCGGUCUAGCGCUGUUAUUUCCCAUUGAACACUGUUUUAGUGGCUACAUGUUUAGUGUUGUCGUUGUUGACACGUGGUUCCUCUCUUGACCUCAGGGUGGAUCUUUCCAGAGCGACAGGGCGAGUCAACCAGCUGCUCCCCCCAGCGGUGGCUUAGAUGACGAUGAGUGGGAGUGA